UCUGGCCUCUUUGGUUUCUCGGUUGUAUUUGAUUCGGAAUUUCCCUCCAAGUUUCCCAUUGACAAGGGACACACUGUUUCAUUCUCGUUCGAGCGGGCUCUAGUCUUCGUUCUUCUUUUCUCUCUUUUUCUUUUCUUCUCUAUCUUUUAUAAUUAACCCCACACCAUUCCACUAGUGGUUGAACGAUCGUUUAUUCCUAUAGCUCAGUGCAUGACUACAGCUACGGCAGACGUGAACCUCCUUCAAUCCUUGAGGAUGACCGAAACCAUGUCGGGCGCUCCAGCAACUGCAGCUCCCGAAAACACAUCCCGUUCAAGAGGCUCACGGCGCGGAGGCCGAGGACGCGGCAACCGUUCACAUCGUCGCCCCCAGAACCAGAACCAGAACCAGAACCCGGCACCGAAUACAGAGCCAACAAAUGGCGCGCAAGCACAGACUCAGCAGACACAUGGGACACAACCCAAUGGCGACACGACGCCGAAUCAGCCCCAAGAUGCAUCUCGCUCGCGAAGAGGUCCGCGGGGAGGGAGACGGGGCGGUCGGGGUGGAAACACAAACGGCGAGGGAAGCCGACGACCUGGGCGAGGAAGGGGGGCAGAUCAGAUGGUAUCGAACACUGGACGGCGAUUCGAGGGGCGAUUGACGAAAUCCGAACGACCCUCUGAGGAUGACGGGCCGGAAGGUGGGGAGGACCCCAAGGAUUUGGAGUUGAGGGCCGAUGCGCCUGUUUUCGUGCCUGGAGGACAGCAGGACGGAAGUAAGGUUGAAGGGGACUCCUCGAAUACUACCAACACGGCCGGCAAAGGGAAGGGGAAAGCAAAGGCGAAGAACCCGCAACCUCGACCGCCGAAAGUUACGACGAAAUCAGUCGCCCCGGACAUCGCCACGCGGAUCCACGAGGAUAUUGCCCACAAUCUCUACGAGUGUCCUAUCUGCACCGCGGAGUUGGGCAAGAGGUCGCGUGUCUGGUCGUGUGAUUUGUGCUGGACCGUUUUCCAUCUGAGCUGCGUCAAGAAGUGGUCCAAGAAUGAAGGAGCGGCGGCGCAGGAUAGUUCUCGUCGCCAGGCUGAUGGAGAGUCUAGUGCGCCUCGAGCCUGGCGCUGUCCGGGCUGCAAUCUCGCGAAGGAAGUGUUUCCCUCGACCUAUAGCUGCUGGUGUGAAAAGGAUGUCGAUCCGCGCCCACUUCCCGGUCUCCCUCCACAUUCGUGCGGGCAAACCUGUGCGCGGCCCCGUAAGGGUUGUCCUCAUCCGUGUGAUGCGACUUGUCAUGCGGGACCUUGCGCCCCGUGUACUGCCAUGGGCCCGACUCAGGAUUGCUUCUGCGGUAUGAAUUCGUCCACCAAGCGUUGCCAGGACACCGACUACGAGAAUGGAUGGAGCUGCGGUGAGGUCUGCGGGGACCUACUACCUUGUGGGGAGCAUACUUGUUCUCGUCCAUGCCAUGAGGGCCUCUGUGGUACGUGCGAGGUGAAGGUCGAGGGUCGUUGCUAUUGCGGAAAGGUCCAGACAGAAAUGCUGUGCAGUUCCAGGGAUGAGGAGAUGGAGAGCCAAAAGAUACAGGACGGAGCUGAAGGUCAAGUGGAGGAAUGGACCGGUUGUUUCAGCUGCCCCGACCAGUGCAGUCGCCCUUUCGAUUGUGGCGUUCACUUCUGCCAGAAGAGUUGCCACCCUCAAGACGUACACCCAGCUCACUGUCCGAGAUCGCCUGACGUUGUCCACCAUUGUCCCUGCGGAAAGACACCCUUGACCGAAAUCUCUGGAUACUCUCCUCGCAAAUCUUGCGAGGACCCUAUCAUCAACUGCCGAAAGGCCUGUGGUAAGAUGCUUCCGUGCGGACAUGCAUGCGACAAGAUCUGUCACACUGGCCCAUGCGGUUCUUGCAUGCGCAACGUCCCCAUACAGUGCCGGUGCGGACGGAACUCAUUUAUGACCGUCUGCCACCAGGGCACAAUCGAGCCACCGCAGUGUUUCCGAACCUGCAAGACCGGGCUGCACUGUGGACGCCACGCAUGUGCGGAGAGAUGCUGUCCUGGUGAGCAAAAGGCAGUUGAGCGCCAGGCUUUGCGGCGGAAGCUCAAAUCCCAUCUCCGUCCUAGCGACGAAGAUGUAGAGGCCGAACAUAUUUGCACUCGGGUUUGUGGCCGCCUGUUGAAAUGCGGACGGCAUACCUGCCCAGAGAUUUGCCAUAAAGGCCCAUGCAAUACUUGCAGAGAGGCGAUCUUCGAGGAGAUCUCGUGUAACUGCGGUCGAUCUGUCUUGCAUCCGCCUCUGCCUUGCGGCACGCAACCACCACCCUGCUCGGCCCCUUGUGAGCGUCCCAAACCAUGUGGUCAUCCCCAAACGCCUCACAACUGCCACACGGACGACGAAGUUUGUCCUAAGUGUCCGUAUCUUACGGAGAAGCUGUGUCUUUGUGGUAAACAGGUGUUGAAGAAUCAGCCUUGCUGGCUGGCUGACGCACGAUGUGGCCGAAUUUGCGGUGCAACGCUCAAGUGCGGUUCGCAUUCGUGUAAAAAGAAUUGCCAUCGACCAGGCGACUGCGAGGAUGCUUUGAAACCUUGCCAACAGCCUUGUGGGAAGACAAAAACCUUGUGUGGUCACCCAUGCCAAGAUGCUUGUCAUGCCCCAUACCCUUGCCCCGAGAAGACGCCCUGCUCGUCCAAAGUCACGGUAACAUGUGGCUGUGGACGGCUUCGACAGGAGCAUCGCUGCAAUGCAGUGAAAGCAGUGGCCUCGAAGGGGCAGUUGCAGCAACAGCAGAGGCUGCCGGCGUUGACCCCAUUGACGUGUGACGAGGAAUGCUCGCGACUGGAGCGGAAUCGCUCUUUGGCAUCGGCAUUAGGCGUCGAGAUCAACCAGUCGACGACCCUAGGCCAGAACAUGACGUCCACGAACCUUCCAUAUUCAUCGGAAACCCUUGACAUGUAUCUGCAGCUCUCAUCCUCAUCCCCUCUAUCGACACUUCAGACCUACGAGGCGACGCUGCAGUCUCUCGCGAUCGGCACCACCCAGCGAUCCGUCCGCUUCCAACCUGCCAAGUCUUCCCUCCGCGCCUUCAUUCAUUCCCUCGCCUCGGACUGGGGCUUUGCCAGCGAGAGCUUUGACCCCGAACCUCACCGGCACGUGUUCGUCCUUAAGCCGACGACCUGGACGCCCCCACUUUUCGGCAUGGGUCAAGACACGGCAAUUGGAAUCGGUGGUAUGAGCGUCGGCGAAUGCGUCAAGCUGCGCGAACGCCAGCGUCUCAAGGAGCGCGAAGCUCAGCGCCAGGCCGCAGCCGAGGUUAAAGCCCAGCGCGAAGCGGCCAAGGUACAGGCGAGCGCGACGGGCGAAGGCGGCUGGGCCCAGGUUGCCGCGUCACGACGUGGCAAUAAUGGCAUGAGCAGUGCGAGGAGCGCACCCACCGUGCAGGGCCCUAGUGCUCUUUCCAGUUCAACGAUGUUUGCCGCCCUUGCUGGCGACGACGGAAGUGGCUCCUGGAGAACCGGGGCUGCCCGUGCUGCUCCCAAGAAGGAGAAACUCGUCCUUCGAUCCGGCGUUGGUGCCGGCAAGCAGCUGCGGAGCCAACCAGCUCCUGCCGCCGAGGUGGCGGACAGUUGGGAGGAGGAAGAAGAGAAGGAAGAACAGGAAGAGCUUGCGCGCGAGAAGAACGAGCCGCACGACGCAGAAGACUCUCCAGGACAGGAUGAGAAUCAGGAGCAGGAUUUGAAGGCCGAAUCUGAACGUGAACCCGGAAACGACCACGACCAAAAUCCAGAGCAAGAGCAAAGUCAGAUCUCCGACCCACAGAAUGAACCAGGUCCGGAACCCGAAAAAGCACACGAAGUCCUUGAAACACAUUCAGAAGAAUCCCCUCACGAACCUGAAGCGGCCAUAGAAACUCCCAUUGCCACGUCCUCUUCUCCGGCAUAAAAGACCCCGAAAAAAAAGUGUCUUAUAGAACGGGUUGGGAUUUCUGAAAAGCCUUGAACAUUUCCAGUUUAUUUUCUCUAUUUCCCUUGAUUUCCUGAUGAUGCUAUUAUUAUUCGAUGUAUGCAUGCGCAUUACACAUGGUGGUUGGCUGAUGAUUGAUUGAGGAUUAGUUUAGCGAGCAUGGGUUUGUUCUGUUUUGUAAUUUGCACAGCAGGCGCGCUUAUGCAUAUGCAUUUUAUGGGAUACCAGGGGAUUUAAAAUCGCUUUGAGAUAUUUGAGCCUUUUUCUUUUUCCUCUCUCUUUUCUCUUCUGUGUUCUAUCUAGAAAGUCCCCAUUGCUUUCAAGCCAUUUGUUAAAUCUCGAGACCGCUAUUAGGAAAACCUCGUGGCAGAGUGGGUUCAACUUAGUAAAAAAGCAAAAUUAUC